CCAAAGUCCAUACUCCACUUUUCAAGUUAUUGCAUUCUCUUUUUUUCAUGCAAGCUAAGUUAGUUCUAUUAUUUUCUCCUUUUUUUUAUUUGUUUAGGUGUUAAAUUUGUAUUAAAUCUCUACAAUGCCACCAAGAGAAGAAAAUCAAGAAAUAUUCCCCAGAACAAGUGUUGAAGGUGCUCCAAGCACAUACAUUGGAUGGCACUUUCGAAAGCCAGUUAGAGAAAAUCGGAGCCACGUCCAAUGCAAACUCUGUCAAAGAGUUUUGAAAGGCGGCAUCACAAGAUUGAAGGAACACAUAGCACACAAGAAAGGGCAAGUUGCGGGUUGUGCUAGAGUGACCACAUUCGUUAGAACAAAUAUGAUGAACCUUCUUCUUGAUGGAAAGGCCAAGAAAAUAGACUCAAAAAAAAAAAGAAAAGAAGAAUUUGAAGCACGCUUAAGAGGUGAAGAUGAUGAUGAAGAUGAGGAUGAUCCGGAUCAUAAUCUUAGAGAACAAAGGUCUCGUGAUGUGUCUUUCACUUGAGGUCUAGUAACAGUGAUCUUACACGGAGCAAAAGUCAGAAGCAACCAAAGAUCAAAGGAGGCUUCAUGAAGACGCUGAGGAAAAAACUUGGAGAUGCUGUAAGCAAGUUAAUAAUUCAUGAACGUUUACCUAUGAAUUUAGCUAAUUCUCCAUGGUUGAAUAAUUUAAUUGUUGCUGCGGCUGAGGUAGGUGAAGGGGUCAAAGGCCCAACUCCUUAUGAAAUCUCUAACAUAUAUUUAGAGAAUGAAUAUAAUGAUAUGUGUGAGUGGUUGAAUACGUUGAAAGGUUCAUGGAAAGAAAGAGGGGGUGACAAUAAUGUGUAAUGGUUGGACUGAUAAUAUUAGUCAUACUCACAUUAUGAAUUUUUUAGUGCAUAGUAGUAGAGGCACAAUUUUUCUAAAAUCGAUUGAUGCUUCUAAUGUUGCUAGUAGAAAUACUGAUUACUAUUUUGAGCUGUUAGAUAAAGUGGUUGAAGAAGUAGGAGAAGAAUUUGUUGUACAGGUGGUUACAGAUAAUGAAGGGGCCCUAAAAGCAGCAGGGCGAAAAUUGAUGGAAAAGAGACCACAUUUAUAUCGGACUGCUUGUGCAGCUCAUUGUAUUGAUCUAUGUCUGGAGGACAUAGGGAAGAAGAAAAAUGUCCAGAAAGUAUUAAGUGAUGGCAAGAUUGUGACAACUUUUAUCUACAAUCACACUUGGACAAUAAAUCUGAUGACAAAAUAUACUGGAGGUAGACAAAUUGUUCGGCCUGGGAUUACCAGAUUUGCUACACAAUUCUUACAAAUACAAGCAAUCGUGGAGCAAAAAAGAGGUUUAAAAAACAUGUUCAACUCUGAAGAAUUUAGACGAUCUAAAUUUGGGAAAGAGAAAAGUGGGCCGGUAUGUGAAGCCAAAACAAUUGUUCUAGAUAACAACUUCUGGACUAAGGCGAAUGACAUUCUCAAAAUUUUUGAGCCUUUAGUGAAAGUGUUGAGACUAGCAGAUGGUGACGAUAAGCCUACCAUGGGUUUCAUAUAUGAAGCAGUUGAUAGAGCUAAACAAUCUAUCCGACAAAAUUGUCGUUUUCAUGCUACAUAUAAUGCUAUCGUUGACGAAAGAUGGAAAUUCAUGCAUUCAGAUCUUCAUUCUGCCGGUUAUUAUCUUAACCCGCAAUUUCAAUACGGAGUAGAACAUGGAGGUGAUGUCCUGUCAGAGACAUUUGAUGGAACAACUAAAGUUAUCUCUCGAUUAGAAAGAGAUGUGGACGACCAAAUUCAAGCUUUGAAUCAGGUUAAGUGUUAUAUCUUUUAAAUGUUCAUUAAUUAAUGUAUUUAACUGAAAUUUCACAUUAUUUCAUUCGUGUAAUUAAUGUGCAUUCUACAUUUUUACUUCUCCGUAGACUGCAUAAUGUAAGUUGGUACAAAUUUAUAGAUUGCCUAUUAAUUGCCUUCUGUGUUAAUUAAUGUAUUUAAAUUAUGAUUAAAUUUAAGUAGAUGAAAGAUGUAACUUUAUAGAUUAAGGGCUUGUUUGCAAUCACUUAACAAAAGUGAUUUUGGUUUUCUUUUAAGAAAAAAACACUUAUUUUAUCAAACACUACCAACUUUUACUUUCUCGAUUUUCGUAUAGAAUCUACUUUUUACUUUUUCUAUUACACAAAAAGUACUUAUUUUACCAAACACUACCAACUUUUACUAUUAAUCACUUUUUCCCAAAAAGUACUUUUAUUUAAGCACAAAUGGUUGCAAACAAAGCCUAAAGUUGAUAAUACAUGAAGGUUUGCAAAAAACGAAAAGUUAUUAGCUGGGUCUGCACACUCUGUACUCAUUAUGUCCUACACUCCUACGGUCCUACCCAAUAUGACACUCCACUAUUAAUAGAAAAGUACUCGUCUAGCAACCACAAUUUAGUCUACCAACUUCACAACUUGGACUGAAAAGUUGACUACCAACCACUAUUCAAUGAACCCACACACAUACUCGGUCCUUAGUUCCUUACUACUUGACUCUAAAAGUUGUCAUGUACUCCCUCCGUCCCCUUUUAAAUGUUCCGGAGGAGAGUGACACGAGUUUUAAGAAAAGUGAGUUUGUAUAAUCAUAUUAAAGAUCUUAAAAAUUUAUGAAUUAUGAUAUAAUUAUUGAACAAAUUGAAGAACAAGAACUAACAAGAGAUGAUGAAUUUAUAUAGGACCGAUUGACCAAAUAAGUCACACUCAAACAUAUUAAAAGAUUCCCCUAUUAACGUCCGUUCAUACAUAGUCAGUGACUUUGUUCUGCACUCUGCAUAUACAAGAACAUUAGUCUUAUUUUAAUACAUUUUGUACUACUCAAAUUAAAUAACUGAAUUGAAACAUAUUUUUUUACUCCAUAGUAUUUUUUUAUUUUACACGUGAAAAUAAAGACUGACACAUUUCUACUAUUCUUUGUUAGUUAAUGAUUUUUAAAGAAAAGCGUGAAACAUUUGGUACGCCCCAAGCUCAAAAGGCGUGGGCUAAAAUGAAUCCAGGUCAAAUUUUAGUUUUAAUUGUAUAUAUUUAUAAAUAUUAAUAUACAUUUAUUAAAUAUUGUCAUAGUUAAAAAAGUAUUUAAAUAAUUCUUUUGUGAUCUUUUUUAAAGCUGAGUAGUGGAUGAUAUAUGGUGGAUGUGCUCCAGAACUUAAACGUGUUGCCGUAAAAGUUCUAAGUCAAACAACGUCAGCAACAAAUUGUGAGAGAAACUGGAGCACAUUCAGCUAUAUACACACCAAGAGCAGGAACAUAUUGAAGUAUAAGAAGUUGCAAAAAUUAGUCUUCACCCAGUACAACAUGAAGCUUAAAAUGAGACAUCAGAUGAGAAGAAGUCAAGAAGAAAUCGAGGAGAGUUUUAAUCCGAUUAAUCUUGACUAUAUUUUCGAAGAAAGUGAUGCAUUAUCUCCAUGGAUUGAAGAGAGGGAGAAUCCAUUAUUAGACGGACUGCAAAAUUCUUCAUGGUUGCCUUUGAUGGACACCGAUGAUGAAGAUAUGGAAGGCGGAAAUGAUGAUGAUGAUGAUGAUGAUGGUGAUGGUGAUGAUGGUGAUGGUGAUGAUGGUAAUGGAGGAUUCGGGGACCCCAAUAAUGAUGGUAAUGAUGACACUGCGAGUGAGAUUCAGACUGAUUUCCAACCCACGAGGCGUUAUAGGAGUUUAAUUGAUAUGACUACCGAUCAUCCUUCAUUGUGCGAGAGUAGUGGAACCGGGUCAAAUAGGAGAAGAGGAAACAGACAUCAUAAUGUUCCAUUAGAUGAUGCAUCAUAUUCGAGUGUUGGAACGAAUUUCGGUUAUAGUGGUAAUGAUGAAUCUUCCAAUAGUACUCACUAUUAUGUGCCAUUUGAUCAGUAUCCCAAUGUCACCUCUUAUGAUCAAUAUGGAAAUGAUCAAGCUUCUUCAUACUACCAACCAUCCACAUAUCAAGAUCCGUAUUACCAAGAAACAAGUAGUGGAUUAUAUGAUUAUGUUUUCCUACAAGGAUAUUAUCAGGAUGAUGGUCAGAGUGAAAGCAGAGGUUGUGAUCCCCCACGCCACUCCACCAUGUGGUAGGAAGAAUAAUGUAAGUUACUACAUUUCUUUUAAUAAUAAUAAUAAUAAUAAUAAUAAUAAUUAUAACUAUUUUUAUUAUUAUUUUUUAUUUAUUAAUUUAUUUGACUUAUCAUGUUUUUUUUAAGGGAAGUUCGCACUGAAGAUGCAUUUGUAGGUGGUGACGAUGUAGUAUUUGAAACUUUUUGUAACGUAUCAUUUAAUGUAACAAUCUAUUUAAUUUAAAAAUGUGAUAAGACUUGUUUAGUUUGAAGACAAUUUCAUUGUGUCUGUAAUAAAUUAUUUAGUUUACCAAUCGUUUUAAUUAUCAUUCUCUUUUAA